AUGCUGAAAGCUCUGGAACGGGCCGAUGUCAGUCAAGACUUUUUGAGUCAGUUCGUGCAGAUGAGCGACUCCGACCUGUCAAGAUUGAUUGAUCUGAACGUAAAGAUUGCCAUAGAAGUUAUCGAUUUGUGUGUAUCAGCCGAUCAAACACUGGCAAAUAGGAUUAUGCGAAUAGUUCAAGGAAUGGAUGUGACUGUUCAGUGUAUGGAAGUAGUUACUCGGCUUUACCAGUAUCGCCCAGAACUUCCAAGAGAACCACUCAACGACUUUGUGAGGUAUUGUGUUCGCUACUGUCUGGAUGCUACCCCAUCUUCUAAUCUCAAUCGUGUUGUUCGUUUGGUAGCGAUUACAUUGAAGAACCUCCUGAAAAGCGGCAGCAUAUCAGCAUCGGAGUUAUCAUUGGAGCUGCGAGAAUUCGGCGUGAGAUUCUGUCAACACCCAGAUACUACGUUUCUGUUCAACACAGUUGGUCUGGCUCAGCUCAGGGAAAGCAACGAAGUUGUAACAAAAUGA